UUUUGUAUCAGGGAUCGACUGCUUUUCUCUGACGUCACGCUCAGGAAAAACAAUCAAAUCAGGAUUUCCGCAGAGGCGCAGAGUCGUGAUACUGUUAGCAGCAGCCAUGUUCCGCAAUCAAUACGACAACGACGUGACAGUAUGGAGCCCGCAGGGUCGUAUCCAUCAGAUCGAGUAUGCGAUGGAGGCGGUGAAACAAGGCUCUGCUACUGUAGGACUCAAAUCCAGAACGCACGCAGUCCUGGUGGCAUUAAAGAGAGCCCAGUCUGAACUGGCCGCCCACCAGAAGAAGAUUCUCAAUGUCGACAACCACAUCGGCAUCUCCAUUGCUGGAUUGACGGCUGACGCCAGACUGCUCUGUAACUUUAUGCGCCAGGAGUGCUUGGACUCAAGAUUCGUGUUUGACAGACCUCUCCCCACAUCACGUCUUGUCUCUCUUGUUGGCAGCAAAACCCAAAUCCCAACACAGCGGUAUGGAAGGAGGCCCUAUGGUGUUGGGCUUCUCAUUGCUGGCUAUGACGACAUGGGACCUCACAUCUUCCAGACUUGCCCAUCAGCCAACUACUUUGACUGCAAAGCCAUGUCCAUCGGAGCACGUUCCCAGUCUGCACGCACCUACCUGGAGAGGUGCAUGGACAAGUUCUCUGAGUGUAAUCUGAAUGAUCUUGUCCAGCAUGGCCUCCGUGCUCUGAGAGAAACCCUCCCCACUGAGCAGGACCUCACUACUAAGAAUGUUUCCAUUGGCAUUGUGGGAAAGGACAUGGAGUUCACCAUUUAUGAUGAUGAUGACGUGGCUCCAUUCCUGGAGGGCCUGGAGGAGAGGCCCCAGAGAAAGGUGGUCCAGCCUGCAGAUGAACCUGCCAGAGCAGCGUCUGAUGAGCCCAUGGAGCACUGAGGCAGCAGAUCCCCGACCGACCGGACAUUUACUGCAACUGUAAUUCUUAGAGGGGAGAGUCGUGAUGUGCCACCUGCUACGCUGUUGAUGAAAAAUACUCUGCUUACAUCAUCCAGUAUGAUGUUGCUUUUGUAUGGGUAACGUGAAUCAUUACACAAGUAAUAAACUCAGUUUUUUGAA